AUGUCCGCCCUCGAUUCGUGGGAGGAUGACCCCGCCGCCCAGGAUGAGAAUUUGUCCAAGGAAGCAGAGAAGAGCCUGAACCUCAACCAGGCACCACAUGCACAGCAACAGCAGAGUUUCCGCCCACAGGUAGCCUCAUUCCAACCCGGCGCUCCUACAUUCCAGCCUGGCGCUGCUUCAUUCGUCCCCGGGCAGCAGUUCCAACAGUACGGUGGUUACCAGCAACAAUCGCAAUUCUACCCGCAUGCUGGCGGAUAUGGAGGUUAUCCUCAACAACAGUAUCCCCAAUACAACCAGCAAUACAUGCAGCAGCCAGGGGGCUACCAGGGAGGAUACCAGGGUGGGCAGCAUGCCGGCUACAACCAGGGCUUUAACCAGUAUCAGCAGCAAGCCCCUCCCCCACAGCAGCAGGGACAGUGGCAGGCACAGGCGCAGCCAGCUGCCGAACAACCAAAAACUGCUGCUGCCGAUACCACCGCGGCCGCCACUACCCCUAAGCCAGCCCCUCCGGAGCCCUCGAAACCAUCAUCAGCAUCCCAGCCACCCAAAGCUAAAGUAUUAACGAUCGGCGGGGAUAUUCCUAAGUCCAAGGCACCUGCAGCCAGCGCUACUUCUGCCACGGAGACUCAGAAAUCCACGGGUCCUGCGGCUGCGGCUGCAGGAGCUAAGGUUACAGCCACAAAAGCCAUCGAAAAGACAGAGAAGAAAGGCACUUCUUCACCAACUCCAUCAUCGGGACGGUCGUCUCCCGGACGUGCCGAUAACAAACCCGCAAGCCGUGCUGCCGAUAUUGUUGCAAAGGAACAAGCAGCGGAUGUUGAUGAAGCUACUCUAAAGGAAAUUUACGGAGAAAAGCGAGAGCAUGUCAACCUUGUGUUCAUUGGCCAUGUUGAUGCUGGAAAGUCAACAUUGGGUGGAAGCAUCCUAUACUGCACAGGAAUGGUAGACGAACGAACGAUGGAAAAAUACAAGAAAGAAGCCAAGGACGCUGGACGUGAGACCUGGUAUCUUUCGUGGGCCCUUGAUUUAACCAACGAGGAACGAUCAAAGGGUAAGACUGUGGAAGUAGGUCGAGCCUUCUUCAAGACGAGCGGAGAUACCCCUGAUGGACCCAUGACACGACACUACACCAUCUUAGAUGCCCCCGGCCACAAGUCAUUUGUUCCCAACAUGAUUGGAGGUGCCUCCCAGGCUGAUGUUGGAGUUUUGGUUAUUUCUGCUCGAAAGGGUGAAUAUGAAACUGGUUUCGAGAGAGGCGGCCAAACUAGAGAACACGCAUUGUUGGCUAGAAACUCUGGCGUCAAGAAACUGAUCAUCGCGGUUAACAAGAUGGACGACCCAACUGUUGAAUGGAGCAAAGCACGGUAUGAUGAAUGUACGACGAAGAUUGGAAAGUAUGUUGAAGCUUUGGGUUACAAAAAAUCAGACCUCCACUUUAUGCCCAUCUCUGCACAGAGGACCAUUGGUAUCGAUAAAGCUGUUCCUAAGGAUAUUGCUCCAUGGUAUGACGGUCCCGGACUACUUCCAUACCUUCACAACAUGAAGAUGCCGGAACGAAAGAUCAACGCGCCUUUCAUGAUGCCGAUUAGCGCCAAGUAUAAGGACAUGGGAACCGUUAUUGAAGGCAGAAUUGAAUCCGGUGUCCUUAAAAAAGGAUCUACCUGCAUUCUCAUGCCCAACAGAACCGAAAUUACCGUCACCGCCCUUUACGGCGAAACUGAAGAUGAAAUUCAAACAGCUACAUGCGGCGACCAGGUUCGAGCUCGUCUUCGAGGCGUUGAAGAAGAAGAUAUUCUCCCAGGUUUUGUCAUGUGCUCCCCCAAACGACCCGUACAUUGUGUAACGGCCUUUGAGGCUAAGAUCCGUAUCCUCGACUUGAAGAGCAUUCUCACAGCUGGAUUCAACUGUGUGAUGCAUGUACAUUCCGCCAUUGAAGAAGUGACUUUUGCCGAACUUCUACAUAAAGUCCAAAAGGAGACUGGACGGAAGAGCAAGAAACCACCAGCGUUUGCUAGCAAGGGCCAAACCAUCAUUGCUCGGCUGGAGAUCGCCAGCGGUGGGAGUGCCGUUUGUGUGGAGAAGUUUGAAGACUAUAAUCAGCUUGGACGCUUUACCCUACGUGAUCAGGGUCAAACCAUUGCCAUUGGAAUGAUUACCAAGUUGAUCACCGAUCCCACCCCUGCCGCUGCUUAA